AGUGGGGACAAGUGAUGUGCUGGUGCCAGCAGGGUUGGUGACACAAUGGGAGGGACGGGGGGCUCAGCCCCAUCCCUGCUCCCCCAGAAUGCCCGAACCCACAGAAAACCAUCCCAAUCCCUGUCUAUCCCUGCAGUGCCAGGGCCCUUUGCAGCUUUGUGUUCACCUUCCUCUUCCUCUUCCUCACCUGUGCCCUACCUGUGGGGGUGGCAGUCACCUGAGGCUGCCUGGCCCCUCCCUGAGCCAGGCAGGGCUAUAAAAGACCUGCAGCCAGGUGGAGGGUGACACAGAGUGACACAGGGAGCAGGGAGCUGCUAGCAGGCUCGGCAGCAACCAUGGCGACGCUUUACCCCUCGCUGGAGGACAUGAAGGGCCACCAGAUCCUGCAGCAGGCGCAGGCAGCAGCCGCGGUGAGGACACCUGCCACCACGGUGGCUGCAGAGAAGCCGAAGCUCCCCUCUGACACCGCGCCACCUGUGCUGUACCCCAACCUGGCCGAGCUGGAGAACUACAUGGGGCUGGCUCUCUCCAGCAAGGAGCUCCAGAAGAACCUGCUCCCUGAAGGCAGCACCGAGCUGACCACUGCCGAGCCACCCCCAGGCCAGCUGGUUGCCCCCCUGAGCGGGAACAGCGCGGGGCUGCGGCGGGCAGAGAUCAAACCGGGCGUGCGGGAGAUUCACCUCUGCAAGGAUGAGCGGGGCAAGACGGGGCUGCACCUCAAAAACGUCGACCAGGGCAUCUUCGUGCAGCUGGUAAAGGCCAACUCGCCGGCGGCGCUGGUGGGGCUGCGUUUUGGUGACCAGAUCCUGCAGAUUGACGGCAAGAACUGCACGGGCUGGAGCAGCGACAAGGCGCAGCGGGCGCUGAAAAAGGCGUCCCCGGAGAAAAUUGUCAUGGUGGUGCGGGACAGGCCUUUCCAGCGCACUGUCACCCUGCACAAGGGCAGCGAUGGCCAAAUCGGUGUCGUGGUGAAGAAGGGGAAGAUCGUGGCGCUGGCCAAGGACAGCUCUGCCGCCCGCAACGGGCUCCUCGUCCACCACUACAUCUGCGAGGUGAACGGCCAGAACGUCAUCGGCAUGAAGGAUAAACAGCUCUCAGAGGUGCUGGCGGGGGCCGGGAAUGUCGUCACACUGACCAUCAUCCCCACCGUCAUCUAUGAGCACAUGGUCAAACGGCUCUCGCCGGGGCUGAUGAAGUCGGCCAUGGACCACUCCGUCCCUGACCUGUGACGCCAUCGCUGCCGUCCCAGGGGCUGACGCUGGAGCUCGGAGGGGCUGCUGAAGGUACCUCCCAGCACCCCCAAGAGAAGCUGUUUUAGCACAAAACCCCUCGACUCUACAGAGGCUGGUGGCUGCUGGGUGGCACGAGGGGACCCCCCAGCGGGGAUGUCCUCACCUCCCCCUCAUCAGCCGGGAUGGGGCACAUGCCUCCCCCUGUCCCAGGGUCCCCAUGUCCCCCCGUGUCCCCGCUUGGGCCAGGCCCCUCGGGGCUGAUGCCAAAGGCUGGUUCCAGCCACAGCAGACACAGACCCAGCGACAUUUAUUACAUCCACCACAGACAGCGCGUACAGGACAGGGGCAACAAGAAAAGGGGGGUUACAGCUUUUUCAGUUCUGUAUUUUAAAAAUAUAUUAUAUAGAUUUGUCUUUCAAA